GGGAAGAGGAAGCAGAUCGUGGAGGGGAAAAAAAAAAAAGAAGGCGGCGGAGCGCGGGGUCACGACCUCUGACCUCUCAACUCCAACCAACCAAAACUAACCGUGACCGGCGGGACCCGAGGAACGCAGCGACAACCGGAGAGGAGCCGGGGCCGCCGGGAGUGAAGGGGAUGCGGCUGUGAGAAGGACCUCCUCCGGGGUGAGGUUCAGGAAUCUUUAGUGAUGACCAGCUCCUCACAGCGCAUCCAAAUUAUUUCCACUGACUCUGCUGUAUCCUCUCCGCAGCGCAUUCAAAUUGUGACCGAUCAGCAGACUGGUCAGAAGAUUCAGAUCGUGACCACCGUAGAUUCCUCUGUGUCAUCCAAGCAGCAGUUUAUCUUGACCAGUCCAGAUGGGUCUGGAGCAGGCAAGGUGAUCCUUGCAACCCCUGAAUCCCCCAAUGCAAAGCAGCUUAUCUUUACCACAGAAAACAUUGUGCCUGGGAGAAUACAGAUUGUAACAGAUGCAGCCUCUGUGGAGAGACUCCUGGGAAAAGCAGAAGUGCAGCGUCCGCAAAUCAUAGAAUAUUGUGUCGUUUGUGGUGACAAAGCUUCUGGUCGUCACUAUGGUGCCGUUAGCUGCGAGGGAUGUAAAGGUUUCUUUAAAAGAAGUGUUCGAAAGAGCUUGGCGUAUAGUUGCCGCAGCAGCCAGGACUGCGUCAUCAAUAAACAUCACCGGAAUCGAUGCCAGUUUUGCCGGCUUAAGAAGUGUUUAGAAAUGGGCAUGAAGAUGGAAUCGGUACAGAGUGAGAGGAAGCCAUUUGACAUCCAACGAGAGAAGCCAUCAAACUGUGCAGCAUCCACUGAAAAAAUCUACAUCCGGAAAGAUCUGCGGAGCCCACACAUAGCAACGCCAACUUUUGUCUCGGACAAAGAUGGAGGGAGGCAAUCUGGACUUUUAGACCCUGGGAUGUUGGUGAAUAUUCAGCAGCCCCUCAUCCGAGAAGAUGGCACUGUGCUCCUGUCCACUGAUUCAAAGGCAGAAACGAGUCAGAGCGGACUUGGAACAUUAGCAAACGUCGUUACUUCUCUUGCUAACCUGACUGAGUCACUAAAUAAUGGGGACACUUCCGAAAAUGAUCAGCCAGAGGACCAAUUCUCCAGUGAAAUCACUAGGGCAUUCGACACAUUGGCAAAAGCACUUAAUACAGUAGAUGGCACUGCAGGGCACAACCUGGAGGAUGGGGUUGAUCCAACAGCAGGAGGGAACAUCCACAUCAUUAGUCGGGAUCUGGCUACGCCUAUUCUGGAAGUGGAAGGGCCCCUGUUGUCAGACACGCAUGUCACAUUUAAGCUAACUAUGCCAAGCCCAAUGCCAGAGUAUUUGAACGUGCACUAUAUCUGUGAAUCUGCUUCCCGUCUGCUUUUCCUUUCCAUGCACUGGGCCAGGUCUAUUCCAGCCUUCCAAGCCCUGGGACAGGAUUGCAAUACAAGCCUUGUCCGUGCCUGUUGGAAUGAGCUGUUUACUCUAGGACUUGCGCAGUGUGCACAAGUCAUGAGUCUUUCCACUAUUUUAGCCGCUGUUGUCAACCAUCUACAAAACAACCUUCAAGAGGACAAACUUUCUGGGGAGAGAAUAAAGCAAGUAAUGGAGCACAUCUGGAAACUACAGGAGUUCUGCAAUAGCAUGACCAAGCUAGAUAUUGAUGGAUAUGAAUAUGCGUACCUGAAAGCCGUGGUUCUCUUCAGCCCAGAUCAUCCUGGACUGUCCAGUACACCACAGAUCGAAAAGUUUCAAGAGAAGGCACAAAUGGAGCUUCAGGACUAUGUGCAAAAAACGUAUCCAGAUGACACAUACAGGCUGGCACGAAUCUUAGUGCGGCUCCCGGCCCUACGACUCAUGAACUCCAGCAUCACAGAAGAACUUUUUUUUACUGGCCUCAUUGGGAACGUUCCCAUCGACAGCAUAAUCCCUUAUAUCCUCAAGAUGGAGACGGCAGAAUACAAUGGGCAGAUUACGGGGACCAGUGUAUAACCCGAGCCAAUGCACUUAAAGCACUUGUAAGUGCACCCUAUUAGGGAGCAAGAAAGAACAAAAACAUUUUGGGGAACAUGCACUUACGCUCCAAUCCAGUGUAAAUGAUAACAUUUUCUUUCUCCAUCUGGAGGUUUGAAUAGCCUCCUGUUUUAUCCACUACCUGGAAAGAAACAAAACGUUAACAGCCAUAACCAGAAGACUAGAUAGGAGCUCGUCUGUUACAUUGUAUUUUUGUCUACAUUUCGAUGAAGACUUUAACAUGUUUUUGUAGUGUAAGAAAAUCAGUUGCCAUUGAAGGCAGAUUGUACCAUCGAAUCACUUGCCAAAAAAAAUUGUUAUUGGCCAGGUAAUCCAGACAAGGUAACUACCCUGUAAUACUAACUUUUUCCUCUCCAUGAUUUUAUAUUUAUUUAUGUGUAUUAUGUGUGUGUAUAUAUCUCAUGAUUUUAUGUAUCUCAUCAGGCUUAACUUUCUAGUCUUGGUACUUGUUCACUUACUGUGUGAUAUUUUAUAAAGGUGCCUGAUGAGAUGUCCCUUUUUUUUUUUUCCCCAAGACAAAACUUUGAAGUAGAUGACUGACUUCUUAAUACUGUGUUGCUUUGUCCAAUAAUUUAAUUGGGGAAAGAAAGGAUUCAGUUCUAAAAUAAAUAUU